CACGUGUCGCUGGGCACCAUGAACCUGCUCCUUGUCCUCCUCCUGUUGGCCCUGUGCCGGCCUCUGCAAGGCACAUGGGACACCUGUGGAGGGACCUGCGGGCUCCGGCCCAUGGCUGCUCACGACGGCAAGUCGCGCGUGGUGGGGGGCACAAACGCCCAGCCAGGGGCAUGGCCCUGGAUCGUCAGCAUCCAGCAGCCCUGGAGAACAGGCCUGAGGCACAUCUGCGGAGGGUCCCUCAUCAGCCCCCAGUGGGUCCUCACGGCCGCCCACUGCUUCAUCGACGUCAGGAACCUCACCAUGUGGCGCGUGGUGCUCGGGGCCACCCAGCUGACUCAGCUCGGCCCCGAGGCCCAGGUGCGCAGCAUCAAGCGGCUCCUGCCCCACAGACACUACAGCAGCGUCUCGGAGAGGAACGACAUCGCGCUGCUGGAGCUGGACCAGCCCGUCCAGUGCAGCUCCUACGUCCAGCUCGCCUGCCUGCCCGACCCCUCGCUCAGGGUGUCGGAGCUGACGACCUGCUACGUCAGUGGUUGGGGUGCCACAACUGCAAGAUCUGGAGACACAACUGAUGUCCUGCAGGAGGCCCAGGUCCACCUCAUUGAUGUCAACCGCUGUAACAGCAGCCGGUGGUACGCGGGGGCCAUCCACACCCACAACCUGUGUGCUGGCUACCCGCAGGGCGGCAUCGACACCUGCCAGGGCGACAGCGGGGGUCCUCUCAUCUGCCAGGACAGCAACGCGGACUUCUUCUGGCUGGUCGGGGUGACCAGCUGGGGGCAAGGCUGCGCCAGAGCCCAUCGCCCCGGGGUCUACACCUCCACCCAGCACUUCCACAGGUGGAUCUUGACACAGAUGGGACUGCACCCACCGCUAUCGGCUACUCCAACACCACAGCCAGCCUUCACCUCAACCCCCUCCACGAGGCCAAGGCCACCAACGACACAGGGCAGAGUUACACCCUGUCUGUUUCCACGCCGGAAGCUGGUGAAUUUCUUUAAUCAGCUGCAGGAGCUGCUGAAGAUCCUAAAGGGAAAAAAGGCUUCAGCAGCAGGAUGA